AUGCUGUCGUCUAUAUUCGCAGCUUUUAGACCCUCUUCCGAGCCGGUAGAAGGGACCCAGCAGAGGCCACCGCGCUAUGCCGGGGAUGAUACUACACCAACAACUCACCGUGAGAUUCUCGGCUGGUAUGCAUACGGCAUCGCGGCCGAAGUUUUUGCGGUGUGUGGUGUAGGAUCUUUCCUCCCUCUUACUCUGGAGCAACUUGCCCGCGAGCAUGGCACACUGCAGACAAGCCACCUGCCUUGCUGGGGCACCGAAGCCCCAGCUAAUGGCACACAGACUGAUGAACAGUGUAUGGUCGGAGUGAUGGGUCUUCGAGUAACGACAUCUAGCUUUGCCAUGUAUACGUUCUCUUUGGCGGUUCUCAUACAGGCGUUGACAUUGAUUUCGUUCAGCGCCUUGGCAGACUAUGAAAAUAACCGUAAAACUUUAUUGUUGUCGUUUGGAUUCAUCGGUUCAGCUACUAGCAUGCUCUUCGUGCUGAUCGCUCCGUCCAUGUAUAUCAUCGGCUCGAUUUUGGUCGUCAUUGGUGUCACCUGCCUCGGAUCCUCAUUUGUCGUUCUUAACUCGUUCUUACCUGUUUUGGUAGCCAAUGAUCCCUCUAUUCAGGAACAACAGGGUAGAAGAGGUGAGGAAAUGUCGAGCCUGCAUCGUGACCAUAACACCGAAAACGACGAAUGGAACCCUUGGGACGACGCUGAUAGUCUUGAUGGUAUGAACCCACUGGGUCACAAUAUUCCAUCCGGAGAGGAGGAUCUCAAGAGCAAGGACCAGAGUUCUGCCCCGGAGCUUCAGCUUUCUACGAAAAUCUCUUCCAAAGGAAUUGGCUUGGGGUAUUUCGCGGCGGUGUUUGUUCAAAUCAUCAGUAUCGUAUUGUUGGUCGUAUUAUCCAAGACCAAGCUCUCUGAAACAUCUGCAACGCUCCCGAUGCGGUUUGUAUUGCUGUUGGUUGGAAUAUGGUGGUGUGCGUUUACCUUCGUUUCUCGCCGCUGGCUACGCACUCGACCUGGGCCUCAUCUCGAUACCUCAUCUAGUCCGGGUGCAUCAAAGUGGCGUGUGUGGUUGCGACUCGUGGGGUUCGCAUGGAAAUCGCUAUGGCGGACUGUCAAAUUGGCCGUGAAAUUGCGCGAGGUUAUCAUUUUCUUGGUCGCGUGGUUUCUUUUAUCGGAUGCAAUGGCCACCGUCUCUGGUACAGCAAUCCUUUUUGCACGCACGGAGUUGCAAAUGAGUACUGUUUCUGUCGCACUCUUAUCAAUCACGGUUACGCUAUCAGGCAUGACAGGUGCAUUUCUCUGGCCUCAUGUCUCCCGAAGAUUUUCGCUGAAGCCUAACCAUACAAUCUUGGUUUGCAUCGCGUUGUUCGAAAUUAUUCCGCUCUACGGGAUGCUAGCCUAUAUUCCGUUCGUCAAGAAUUGGGGUGUCAUCGGUCUACAAAAGCCAUGGGAGAUCUUCCCACUUGGAAUCAUUCAUGGUCUUGUAUCUGGUGGUCUAGCUUCGUAUUGCAGGUCCUUUUUUGGAUUGCUGAUUCCUCCGGGUAACGAAGCUGCAUUUUAUGCACUAUAUGCGGCCACAGAUAAGGGCAGCUCCUUCAUUGGACCCGCCGUGGUAGGUGUACUUAUUGAUGCGACUGGUCAAGUCCGAUCGGGAUUUUUCUUCAUUGCAGUCAUCAUUGUGUUGCCAAUGCCCUUGGUAUGGAUGGUCAAUGCCGAUAAAGGCCGUCGCGAAGCUCUUGCCAUGGGCGAGGUGUUGGAGAAGUCACAUGGUGGCCCAGCAGAAGAUGCACAGGAAGCCGAAGGUUUACUCGCGCGCGAGCAAUAA